AUGUCAGAACCCACCUCAGAACAGUUUUCUCUCUUCAAAGACUCCAUCGCUCGUAGACUGCUCGACCAACCGCAUAUGAACAAUACAUCUUCAGAAUCAUCUGACCUCGACGAUUUCUCGUCUUAUCUCGCCUCCGAAUCAUGGCCAUCUUUCCCCCAGAGCGUUCGAGAAGCAACCUAUGAAUCCAGAUCAAACUUGCCGGACGCAGAAACAAUUUCCCUUGACUCCACCUCGACAUCAUUCGACGACACCCUCAUCUCAUACGGGCUCGCCGCAGACACAGACGAUGCGCAUAAAUUUCUACGGAAAGCCCUUGCGGAUUAUAUCGAGCAAGCGUGUGCGCCGCCUCCUGUCUGGAAAUCAACUCGCGCCACCGAAUGCGAGAUUUGCGAGCGUACGGGUCCUCUAACGUACCACCAUUUAAUCCCUCGCUCGACACAUACGAAGGUUUUGAAGAAAGGAUGGCAUCCAGAAUACAUGCUCAACUCGGUGGCUUGGCUUUGUCGACAAUGUCAUUCGGCCGUUCAUCACGUUGCCAGCAAUGAGGAUCUAGCACGUUACUUCCAUACUGUCGAGCUCUUGUUGGAAAGAGAGGACAUUCAGAAGUGGCGAAAGUAUGCUUCUAAGCAGCGUUUUGGGAUACGAUGGGGUCAACGAUCACCGUCGUGA